AUGAGCAACGGAGUGCCUUCCAUUUCCUGGGAGAGUCGUUUAAGGAUUGCGACCGAAACUUCAAAUGCACUUGCCUAUUUGCACUCGGCAGCUUAUAUACCCAUUGUCCAUAGAGAUGUCAAGGCUGCUAACAUACUUCUGGACGAAACUUAUACUGCUAAAGUUGCAGACUUUGGAGCAUCAAGGUUGAUUCCUUUAGACCAGACAGCAUUAUACACACUUGUUCAGGGAACCAUAGGAUAUUUGGAUCCAGAAUACUGCACUGCAAACCAGCUAACAGAGAAGAGUGAUGUUUACAGCUUUGGAGUAGUUCUUCUGGAACUCUUGACGGCUAGACUGCCCAUUUAUUCGGAGACGUCUGGAGAGAUAAGAAAUCUUGCUAUGUAUUUCAUUUCGUUGAUGGAAGAAGGCUAUCCCUUUCAACUUCUUGAGGCUCAAGUUUUAAAUGGUGGACACCCAAAACAAGUCAUUGCGGUUGCUGAGCUUGCAAAGAGAUGCCUUAACUUUAUGAGUGAAAAAAGGCCUACUAUGAAACAAGUGACCAUGGAGCUUGAAAGUUUGAGAAGGUUAGAGACAGGAGCAAGGUGGGAUCUUCAACCAAACCAUGAAACUGUUGAGGAAUUACUGUCAGAGCCAAGUGGUUGCAAUUCAGAUGAUGAACAUCCAAUGUUGAUUGUCUAA